UUUCGUCAUUUUCUCUUCUGUUUUUAUCCAUGCUCUCUCUCUCUCUCUUCACUACUCUAUUUCUUUACAACAGCGCAAAAACUCUACUUUUCUAAUUCUCUCAGAGAAGCACUCCAUUGAAGACUCUACCACUCCAACUCUUUCAUUUUUCCCUCAUUCAUACCUUUCUAGCAAUAUUUUCUACAUUGAGGAGGGUGGUACUUGGAGUUAGAGUUAACAACAUUUAGUAUAGUAUUUAAUUUUUGUGUCUGUUCUCUUGAGAUUUACGUUUCGCAAUGACAACCUGACCUACAAUUUCUCCUCGUCAUAUUUCUCAAGAUGGAAUCUGUGAAGCCAUCAUCAGUUACACCAAGCAAGAAAUUAGCUAGAAAUUUUGCCAAAGUUCUUCACCUUAGAGCACUAAUUGGAAUUGCAUCAAUUCAUGAUGGUUUGAAAAAUGUUACAACUAUAUCACACACUAAUCCAAAAGAUGAAUUCAACAAAGUUGACGAUGAAGAAGAGGAAGAACAACUUCAAGAGAAAGUUGCUUUAGAAUCUAUGCUAGCGAAGAUUUUCGCUAGCAUUUCGACAUUUAAAGGAGCAUAUGCUGAAUUACAAAAUGCUCAAUCACCUUUUGACCCUGAUGGAAUUGAAGCUUCUGAUAAAUUGCUAGUUUCUGAGUUGAAACAUUUGUCUGAGUUAAAGCAAUGUUACUUAAAGAAACAAUUUGAUCCGUCACCAAUGAAAUCAAUUUUGGAAGCAGAAUCAAAGGAGGUAAAGGGUGUCAUAAAAACUUAUCAAAUUACGGCAAAAAAGUUGGAAUCACAGGUUAGGCUUAAAGAUUCUGAGGUUAUGUUUCUUAAAGAGAAGUUAGUUGAAGCUAAAAAUCAUAACAAGUUAAUUGAGAAGAGAUUGAAUCAAAGUGGUCCAUUAUUUGAUAAUAAUGUUCAAUUAUCAGGGUUAAGUACUAGUCAAUUUGUUGCGAUGCUUCGACAUGCGGUUAAAUCGAUUCGAAACUUUGUUAAGUUGAUUGUUGAUGAAAUGAGGUAUGCAAAUUGGAACAUUGAUGCUGCUGUUGAGGCUAUUGAAAACAAUGUGGUUUAUUUCAUUGAAGAUCACAAGUGUUUUGCAAUUGAGUCUUAUGUUUGCAAAGAAAUGUUUGAUGGUUUUCAAUUUCCAUUUUUCAAUCUUGAAAAUGAACAACAGAAUCAAAAGUGCUUUCUAGAGAAGUUCAAUGAGCUGAAAUCAAUGAAGGUGAAAGAGUAUCUUGCUAUGAAUCCAAGUUCAUCAUUUGCAAAAUUCUGCAGGGUAAAGUAUUUGAGACUUGUUCAUCCUAAAAUGGAGUUAUCAUUUUUUGGCAACAUGAAUCAUAGGAACUUUUUGAGUUCUGGUUGUGAGUUUCCAAAAAGUGAUUUUUUUGCUUCAUUUGCUGAAAUGGCUAAGAGGGUUUAUCUGUUACAUUGUUUGGGUUUCUCAUUUGAAGGUAAAGUUGAAAUCUUUCAAGUUUUGAGAGGGUGUAGAUUUUCUGAUGUGUACAUGGAAAGUGUGAAUGAUGAAGAAAUGUUCCAAACAACAACAACAACAAUUGAAACAGAACAACAUGUUGGUUUCACUGUUGUUCCUGGUUUUAGGAUUGGUAAAACUGUUUUACAGUGUCAAGUUUACCUUACACAAAGGUGAAAAAUUAAAGGUGGGGCCCACAACAUAAGAGGAAGGACAUGGUUGAAUGUGAUGUUGUUUUGUAGGGACUGAAAAGUUUUGCUAGGAUCAAUGGGGCAUUUUUGUCCUUUUGUGUUUUGGCAAUUUUAGAAAAAAGAAAAAAGAAAGCUAGUGGACUAUAAUAGCAUUGGGAAGAACCCUUUUUACUUUAGAAUCUUUUUUAUUUUUAAUUUAUGCAGAUUUUAUCUUAUUUAUCAAAGACAUCCCCCCAAAUUUUGUUGAUAUCAGGGCGGUGACAGGGGUUGUCUAGCUGUUAUGCAUCUUACCAGACAUUGCAUGAUAUAAUAUUAUGUAUAUAAUUAAUGAUAUAUAUGUAGGAAUUUUAUAUUCUUCUUUUC